UCGCCUCUCCUUGACUGGAGCGAUGCCUAAAGGCGACAAGCAGCGCCUCCCAGGGCGCGCCAAGGAGAGACUUCAUGUCCCAGCAGCCAGCAGGGCGGACCUCCGGUCACGUGGGGCCUGCGCCUGUCCAAUAGGGUCUCUCUGAGACCGGGAGUUGGUGUUUCCCCGGCCGGCGAAGGCUCUGGGAUGGCGUUCGUGCUGCUGAAGUGCUGCGGCCGGAGGGCGGCCUGCCUUCCGCGGCGGCUGCACUGGGAGCCCGAGGCUGGUCACUUGGAAAACCAUGCUUGUUCUAGCUGCACGUCCCUGAGGCUAAUAAAUCAUACGAAUACUCAUUUUAAAUAUUGCACUAGCAUCUCCCCUGUUUACAUUUGCUCUUCAAGGAAUGGUUAUAUUGGGACUGAAGGACCAGAAAAAAGGAACUUUACAGCACUGAGAGCACUUGACUUGUCGUCACUGUCCCCUCAUAGUGGCACUGUCACUUCUUCCUUUAUUUGGGGAUGUCAUUAUCUUCCAGUACGGAAGUGGCAUUCUUCACAAUCUUGUUAUGAUGACUCUAUGAUAGAAAAAUCCUUGAAGACUCUCAAGGAUAAAAAUAAGAAAUUGGAAGAAGGAGGACCUGUAUAUAGCCCAACUGUAGAAGAAAAUAUAGUCAAAAAGUCACUUGGACAGAGGAUUGUUGAUGAACUAAAGCAUUAUUAUCAUGGCUUUUGGUUGUUAUGGAUUGAUACAAAGAUUGCUGCGAGGAUGCUCUGGCAAAUUCUUCAUGGCAACACUUUAUCUCGCCGAGAACGAAGACAGUUUCUUCGCAUAUGUGCUGAUCUUUUCCGAUUGGUUCCUUUCCUCGUCUUUGUUGUUGUUCCAUUCAUGGAAUUUCUGCUUCCUGUAGCCUUAAAGCUGUUCCCUGGUAUGCUUCCCUCAACAUUUGAGACAAAGUCUAAGAAGGAGGAAAGAUUGAAGAAAGAACUAAGAGUGAAACUUGAAGUGGCUAAAUUUCUUCAAGAUACCAUAGAAGAGAUAGCUUUAAAAAAUAAAGCUGCCAAAGGGAAUGCAACAAAAGAUUUUUCAACCUUCUUUCAAAAGAUCCGUGAAACUGGUGAAAGACCAAGCAAUGAAGAAAUUUUACGAUUCUCUAAACUCUUUGAAGAUGAAUUAACUCUUGAUAAUCUCACAAGACCUCAGCUUGUUGCUCUUUGUAAACUGCUAGAACUUCAAUCAAUUGGGACCAAUAACUUUCUUCGCUUCCAGCUUAUAAUGAAGCUGAGGUCUAUCAGAGCAGAUGAUAAAUUGAUAGCUGAGGAAGGUGUGGAUAGCCUAACAGUUAAAGAGCUACAAGCAGCUUGUCGAGCAAGAGGUAUGAGAGCACUUGGCGUAACAGAAGAUCGUUUAAAGGAGCAGCUUAAGCAGUGGUUAGAUUUGCAUCUGAAUCAAGAAAUUCCAACCUCACUGCUUAUUUUAUCCAGAGCAAUGUACCUUCCAGAUACGCUGUCACCAGCUGACCAGCUUAAAACAACUCUGCAAACACUACCUGAGAGUGUGGCCAAAGAAGCCCAGGUGAAAGCAGCAGAAGUGGAAGGAGAAAAAGUUGACAAUAAAGCUAGACUGGAAGCAACCCUCCAGGAGGAAGAAGCUAUUAAGAAAGAAAACCAAGAAAAGGAAUUGGAAAGGCUUUCAGAUGCAGCUGAGAAAGCUAAAGAGACCCUUCAAGUUGCUGAGAGGAAAGAGGUGGAGUCCACAAUAGAUCUUGAUCCUUCUGCUGUACAUAUCAAAAAAAGCCAGAUAGAUAUUGAAGCUGAGCAAGAACUGGCAAAGGUGGAUUUAACACUUCAUUCAGAAACACUGAAAGAUACAGCUCCAGUACUGGAAGGCAUUAAGGGUGAAGAAAUAACCAAAGAAGAAAUUGACUUGCUAAAUGAUGCUUGUACCAAACUGAAGGAGCAGAAGAAAUCCCUAACAAAGGAAAAAGAAGAACUUGAGGAUCUCAGAGAUGAUGUGCAGGAAUACAGUGAGGAUUUGCAAGAGAUUAAAGAACUGUGUAAGACUGGAGAAGAGGAAAUAGUUGAAGAAUCUAAAGCAAGCAAGAGACUCACUAAAAGAGUGAACCGAAUGAUUGGUCAGAUUGACAAAAUUAUCCAGGAAUUAGAGACGGAUCAAAAAGUGGUGGACGGACAGUUGGAUAGUGGUACUACUCCUCCUAUUGGAUUGUGUUUCCCAUUUAGGGAGAAUCUCAUCAGUAUCAAUGAGCUUAUUAAUGUGAUGAAACAUAUCCAAAAGAUACCAGAAAGCAAACUGAACAGGCUUGCAGAAGCACUGGAUGAGAACAAAGAUGGAAAAAUAGAUAUUGAUGAUGUUGUGAAGGUGGUAGAACUGAUUGACAAGGAAGACAUUGAUAUUUCUACUAACCAAGUAGCAGAGAUCAUGUCACUGUUGCAAAAGGAAGAAAAACUAGAAGAGAAAGAGAAGACUAAAGAAAAAGCUGAGAAGGAAGCUCUGGAGGUGAAGAAUUAGUCUUUCUAAGAUUACAGGCACAUCUUCUAUAUUUUGUCUGGCAUUUAUGAGAAGAGGAACAUCAAUCAUCUCUUGGCAAGUCGGAAAGAGUCUCCAGUGAAAAACAGAUCAUUUCAUCUCAACAAGAGCAAUUUGGAGCUUCGAAUGCUGUGGUGAUUCAGUUGACUCUUGAAUGUAAAUUAGGGCAUUUUCUUGCAUUCUUCAAAGAGUAAGGAACUUCUUUUAAAAAUAAGGUGUUUACUUGGCAUGUAUUUUAUUCUCUUCUACUUGGUAAAGACAUGAAAAGUUGUACACAGUAUAAAGUUCUAGUUUAAAAACCACCCAAAAGAUUUCUGAAGUCCUAUCUAAAAAUAUUGUCAGGUGUCGAGAAGAGCAUGUGUGUUCCUACUGAAAGUGCCAUGGCUGCCCUAGGAUAUCAUACAGCCUAGACCAGGCCUGUACAACCUGUGGCUCCAACUACCGGAAGCCCUAGCCAGCUUGUCCAAUGGUCAGAAAUUCUGGGAGUAGAGGCAGCCGAGGCAGGACCUGGACUAACAAUUGUAGAAGUAUCAUGUUCAGUUAUUUUUUACACAUAAUAAAACCCCUCAACCACUAUUUUAAUUAUUGAUUUUUCCAGUUACUGAGCACUACAUUAUGGUCCUCCAGGAAAGCAAAUAUAAAAGUGAAUGCAGUUAAUACUCAGGAAAUGAAUUCCUCACAUUCUUCCCAUCACCCCAGUUUGUCCCUUCCAGCCUCUUUCCCUCCAUCAGUGAUAAAAUGUCUUAUAAAGAACAUAGCAGAUCACAAUACAACCAUUAGUUCCAACAGCGGCCUCUGUGAGCAAUCUUCUCUUCCCUGUUGGGAAGGUGGCCAUUCGGAAUUUAUCAGGCAGAGUCAUAAGCUUUUUAAACCAUUCGGGAUAGAGGUGAGGGUGAAAGUAAUGCUUUUGGAGAUGUGCCAACUAAAUCAUUUUCAGUUUUCUCUUUGCAAUUUUUUUUGUUGCACAAGAGACCUUUUUAAAUUUGUUUGGGCAUACAGGAGCAGGGAAUUGGUUCCAGGACCUCCAGCAGUGACAGCGAAGGAGGUUGAGUCCCACUCCUUUGAUGGAAUCCUCAACCUCCCUGACAACUGCUUCUGAUUCUCUUUCCACUUCCUCUCCUUGCACACAUCCGUGUCCUAAUCUUUCUGCUUCUCUUCUUCCUUGCAUGAGUCCAUGGCCCAUCCUCCCUGAAAACUGCUUCCUGAUCUUCUGGUUUUUUUUCCCCCUGCGUGUGUGCCACAGCCUCCCUUCCCCACCUCGCCCCACUAACCACCUCCCAGUCUUCAUCUCUCUCCCUCUCUCUCUCUCUCUCUCUCUUCCCCACUCCAGCCUAGUGGCUUCCCUAGCGGGAGGUGCUGCAGAAAAUAAUAUCUGCAAUUGUUUUAUUAUUAUUUUUGAUACAUGUUUGAUUUCAUCUGUGAAGACAGAACCCACAGAUAAGGAAAGCCCACUGUGUUUAAUCCUGGGAAAUGUGUGUUUUCAAAACAGCACAUUGCAUCUUUCAAAUUUAAACAAAAAGGAGACAAGACUUCUCUCCCAAAUGUUUCUACAUGAAAUGUCUAAUACAUGGAAAAUGACGGAAAAAAGUGAACUAUUCUUUGGUUUGUUGAGGUAUUUUAAAUAGUGGAAGUCAAAGUAUCUAUAUACUGACCAUGGUUAUCCUUUGGUUUUCAUCUUCGAUACAGAAUACAAAAAUUAUCUUUCAGUGCCUUACUCACUGCAAGAUUAGUAAAUGUGGUCACAUUAGUAGACAGAUUGUUUUAUGUUGUCAUUGACUUUUUUGAUUACUUUAUUUGUUCCUAUUUUUUGAGAGUAGCAAGUGGUAACUUAAAUAUUAAACAGGCCUUUAAGUCACAGUUGGGAAUUGUUUGGUCCUCUGUUAUUGGAUUCCAAGUCGCAUUAUCCCUCACUGAUCAGAAUGCUUCAGAACGUUCUAAUACCUGUUCUUUAAUUCCCAGUGCAAUUAAAGGAUACUACUCUCAAGUCUAUUCCUCAGACAAUAAAUAAUGUUUAAAUCAACUCAAUUCUAAAUCCUUUUUUACAAACUCCAUAGUUUUGCAUCAUUUUGCACAAGAACCCUUUGAAUUCAACUCAAUUUUUUUAAAUUUCCAAGUUUCUUUUUGUAUUUGUAUAUGUAUUUGGCAGAUUAUCUGCUUUAAAUUUGAAUCGCAGGCAGCUUUAUUAUUAGGAGAGACGUAAUUUGCUGCUGUAAAACCUAUACAUUUUGUUGAAUCUCAAAAACAUUGCAGAGUAAUUAGUAAAUACGUUUGUAGCUGAAUUUGGAACUGAAAUGUCAGUUUAUAGGAACCCAGAGGCAGUAGGGUACAUUACCAUAGGAUACAUGGUAUGGACUAUGACUAUUACUGAAUUGCUUUCAAUCAUGUGUUCUCCUGUGUAAAAUGAGCAAAAGGGAUCAAAGCUCAGGUACUUUGCAUUUUGGAUUAAGGAAUAUAGUUUGUAGUGGGUAGCAUUGUUUUUAACUGAAUGUUAUUACAGUAACACUGGGACUAGGUGCAUAUUAAAAAGGACAUUUGUGAAAUAUUUGUAUGGAAGGCAUUUUUAUAGAGGAUUUUUAAUUAACAGAUUUCCACUUAAAUCAUAUGUCAGAUACUAGAUUGAUACCUUUGAAUUAUAUCAGUGUUGAGAUUGAACAGGAAUUUCAUGACUAAGAUAUUGGAAAAGUUGUAUCUGUUCUUUGUCUAUAUAAAUUGUGUAUGAAUAACUUGAAACUAGCAAGUGAUUCACAUGAUUAUCUACAGACUUUUCAAGUUCCCCUUUAGCUUAAAGUUGUCUAGUAUGAAAUAGUAACAGUAUUCUGUAUCGAGGAAUGAGAUCCUGAAGUUAGGUUUAGAAUGUUUUUUCCAAAUAUAAUAAACUCACACAGAAUUGUCUUGAAUCUCAACAUAUUUUUUCCAUUUCUAUUCUUAGCAAAGGGAACCUAUUGUAAUCACAGUGUUGUCAAUAAGAAAAUUAGGCUUGGAAGUCUUCUCAAUCCAACUUGCUGCCCACUUCUCACCACCUAGAAGUAGUGGUGAGAAUGGGCAUUAGAAAUUGUGGAUCUUUCAGUAAAACCAUUGGUGUAGCAACGGGUCAGUCUAAACUCUUUUCCACAGGAGGAAGGAAAUAUGUUGUUCACUUAUCCAUCUGGUCAGGUUUUAAUAGACAUGGGGAAGGAGUAGUUGCAUCUGGGAGUGCUGUUUAAAGAGUACUACGGUAGUAUGCAAAGGGGUAGGGGAAAACCUUAAUGUGUAAAUACUUUGAGGCACACACUUGACAUUUGUUCUUUAUUCAGGUCUAUGAUACAGAAGGGGCAGAUGUAUAAUGAGUGCAAACUAUUUUUGUUUUCUGUGAGAUUUGCAACAUAAUAUACACCAGCUAUUAAAUACAUUUGUUUUUUCAAAAAAUGCAAACAUUUUCUGGUGGAGGUUGUUUUUCAGCAGAAAGGUGUAGCCCAAGAUUCAUAAUCAGAUGUAGCACAGCAAAUCAUGUGCAAUGGAUAGUAUCCACACCUGAAACAUUCAAAUAGUCAUUUUCAGGUUAUGGUUUUCAAGUGAGAAUAAUAUUCUUGAUUGUGAUAAUAUGGAAGGAAGGCAGUGAUGUGAUUAAUCUCAGUAGUUUGUAUUGCACAGACUGUCGGAUGGCAGCUGGUUUCACUGCCACUUGAAAGAUCAGCAGUUUAUUCCACUGCUGAUCUUUCAGCAUUUCUGCUCUUAGAGAUAACGUUCCCAGGAUGAUUUUUUUUGAGGAGGUGUGGGAUCAUGGACUACCUCUUUUGAGGUACAUGCAUUGUAAUUCAUACACCUUGUCUGUUGCCUGUUCUGUAGUUGCGUAUACUUUUUGUCUCAGAACAUGUCCCAAAUGUCUGCAUGUUGGAAGGAAAGUUCUUUUUUUAUAUUGAGCUUCACAUUGAGCAGCUUGCAGUGAGGUUCCAAGACCCUCUCAAAUGUCCUGGUGCUUUUUGAAAAUCACUAUCCUGGUGAGGUGUAAAACAUUCAAUUAAAAAGCAAAUUAAAGAAAGAAAAAGUGUUUGAAGAAGUGUCCAGUCCCUUGCCAUGGCUUAAGGCUCUUUGUAUUGCUGAUUUGCCACAGCAAGUGAAGGAAGAGUGUCAGCCAGAGAGAGAGAUUUUUAAUAUUUUUCAUUUGUCAUUUGGAUGUUCUGUUGUGGUUUACGAUUAGGUGAUACUAGGAAUAUUUUCAGGAAAUGUGAUACACUCCAUUGUUUGAUCCAUAGGAGGAUGGCAGAGGGACCCCCCUCUCCUGGAAAUAUGCUGGCACUUGUAACUUUUAGUCUGGAAAAGUAUAGUUGCCUUUCAAUUUCCAGGUAGGAGAUGAUCAAGAAAUGAAUCCACAUUCGCAAAAUUGGGUGGCAGGCAUCAGACUAACAAAGGCACAUCACACAAAUCGUGUGAAUUCUAAUGUGCCAUGCCACUUUUUUCUAGAAUACUCUUCUCUGGAAAAAAAAGAUUUGUACUAUCAUGAGUUGUACAAAAUAUGUAUAUGUUUAAAUUUAACUAUACUAAUUAUGUUCUUUAUGUGUAUUUUUUAUCUAAGGUUAAAGUAUACAAAGUACCAUAUUGUUAAAUAAAAAAGCUUUAUUCUGCUUUAUUUCUUCAAUUUGAAUUAUAAAGAAAACAACACCCAGGCAUUUUGGUGAAUAUACCAUUUCAAGUGCAAUAAAAAAGUAAUCAUUUUAAUCAUUUAGCCUUGCAUUUUUAGAAUUGCUUUAAUGUUAUUCCAUCUUGUUGACUUUGUUGCUGCAUUAUAAAGCCUGCUUAUUGCAACGUGAACCAUUUAAGUUUCACUGUGCAUGUGUGGUGUGAUUUAAUAGCAAGAGAGCAAUCGGUUUUGGUGAUUAUUCAUGCAAAGAAUCCCAUGGUGGUGCUGAGCAUGCUUGAAAUGUCAUCUAUGUGAAUAGUCACGCCUUCAUUUUGUGAGCAUUUGUUCCAGGUCAGUUUACCUAUUUCAGAAUAAAAUAUUCCAUAACAAAUUGUCACACAACAGUUUUUGUCAAUAUACCAAAUGUAAACACAAGAGAUAAAAUAAUACAACUGGAGCUGUAUUGCUGUAUUAAAUCCAGACUGGUUCUGUAUAGACAAAAAGUCUUGCUCAGCUACAAUAAAAGAUAAUAUCUUUCUUUGCAA